AUGGCGGCCAGACCCCGAGCCAUGUACGCCCUCCUGGCGAGGUGGCUCGGCACGAGGAUGAUGCUUGCGUUUGUGCACCUCGAAACGAUGGGAUUUGCACUACGACGAGUGUCUCUCGAUCGACCGAGUGUACUGCAGGUUGCCAACUGUGACGAAAACGCUUCAACUGUAGCAGCAAAGCGCCGUGUAUAG